UCGAGGCGAGUAGAGGCCGGUGUUGGGAGCACGCUGGUGAGCUGGCGGAGGCAGAGGGGCCCCGCAAGGGCGGUGACCAGUGACGUUGCAAGCGGGCGCGCAGUGACGCGAUUGGCUGCGGCGGGCUGGGGCAACCGCGAGCGAAGGGGGAGCAGGUGAUUGAAGGCGCAAAAGCAAUGCCUACCUGGGUAGUGCUCGUUGGAGCGUGGGAGCGAGGGAGCGAGGGAGCGAGGGCACGCAAUGGCUUUUGUAUCUUCACAGCGCAGACUCGCACGGCGCUCGCAAGCCCCCACGGCGACGAAGCAGCUGCAAAUAUUAAUGCCGCAGCACUGCGGCCCAACACGCAACAUCUCGGCCGUGGACUCCGGCCGUGCGAACGCGCAACGGUGCAACUCGGAGCCAUCCUUGACCCUCUGCGAUUCGCUUUUUCCUGCGACUGCUGCGUUGGUGCGGCUGCGAUAGUCCUACGUCAUUACCCUGCGUAGCUUCCGCCGCCGUUCUUUUAGUCGCGCCAAGGCGGCCGGACUGAUCUAUGCCGCGAGCAGGAUAAUCCUCGCUUGUG